AUGCCCGGGGGCGCAGGCGCCGCCCGGCUCUGCCUGCUGGCGCUCGCCCUGCAGCUGGUCCGGCCGCGGGCGGCGCGGGAGCCGGGAUGGACGACGAGAGGAAGUGGGGAAGGCAGCCCCCAGCUACAGCAUGAACUAAUAAUACCUCAGUGGAAAACUUCAGAAAGCCCCAUGAGAGAAAAGCAUCCAUUCAAAGCUGAGCUCAGGGUAAUGGCUGAGGGCCGAGAACUGAUCCUGGACCUGGAGAAGAAUGAGCACCUUUUUGCUCCAGCCUACACGGAAACCCACUAUACUCCAAGUGGUAACCCUCAAACCACCACGCUGAAAUCAGAGGACCACUGCUUUUACCACGGCGCGGUGAGGGAGGCAGAGCAGUCCAGCGUCACGCUCAGCACCUGCCGGGGAAUUAGAGGGCUGAUUAUGGUGAGCAGUAACCUCAGCUAUGUCAUCGAGCCCCUCCCUGACAGCGAGGGCCAACACCUUAUUUACAGAGCUGAACAUCUCAAGCUGCCCCCGGGGAACUGUGGGUUCGAGCACUCCAAGCCCACCACCAGGGACUGGGCCCUUCAGUUUACACAGCAGACCAAGACACGACCUCGCAGGAUGAAAAGGGAAGAUUUACACUCCAUGAAGUACGUGGAGCUUUACCUCGUGGCUGAUUAUGCGGAGUUUCAGAAGAAUCGACGAGACCAGGACGCCACCAAACACAAGCUCAUGGAGAUCGCCAACUAUGUUGAUAAGUUUUACCGAUCCUUGAACAUCCGGAUUGCUCUCGUGGGCUUGGAAGUGUGGACUCACGGCAACAUGUGUGAAGUUUCAGAGAACCCGUACUCUACCCUCUGGUCAUUUCUUAGUUGGAGGCGCAAGCUGCUCGCCCAGAAGAGCCAUGACAACGCACAGUUAAUCACGGGCAUGUCCUUCCAUGGCACCACCAUCGGCCUGGCCCCCCUCAUGGCCAUGUGCUCCGUGUACCAAUCUGGAGGAGUCAACAUGGACCACUCCGAGAAUGCCAUUGGCGUGGCUGCCACCAUGGCCCAUGAGAUGGGCCACAACUUUGGCAUGAGCCAUGAUUCUGCAGAUUGCUGCUCGGCCAGUGCGGCUGAUGGUGGAUGCAUCAUGGCAGCUGCCACCGGGCACCCCUUUCCCAGAGUGUUCAAUGGAUGCAACAGGAAGGAGCUGGACAGGUAUCUGCAGUCAGGUGGUGGAAUGUGUCUCUCCAACAUGCCAGACACCAGGACGCUGUAUGGAGGCCGGAGGUGUGGGAAUGGCUACCUGGAAGAUGGGGAAGAGUGUGACUGUGGAGAGAAAGAGAAGGUAAAUGUAGCAGGAGACACCUUUGGAAACUGUGGAAAGGACAUGAAUGGUGAACACAAGAAGUGCAACAUGAGAGAUGCGAAGUGUGGGAAGAUCCAGUGCCAGAGCUCCGAGGCCCGGCCCCUGGAGUCCAACGCAGUGCCCAUCGACACAACCAUCAUCAUGAACGGGAGGCAGAUCCAGUGCCGGGGCACCCAUGUCUACCGGGGGCCCGAGGAGGAGGGUGACAUGCUGGACCCAGGCCUGGUGAUGACGGGGACCAAGUGUGGCUACAACCAUAUUUGCUUCGAGGGGCAGUGCAGGAACACCUCCUUCUUUGAAACCGAGGGCUGCGGGAAGAAGUGCCACGGCCACGGGGUGUGCAACAACAACCAGAACUGCCACUGCCUGCCGGGCUGGGCCCCGCCCUUCUGCAACACGCCGGGCCACGGGGGCAGCAUCGACAGCGGGCCCAUGCCCCCCGAGAGCGUUGGUCCUGUGAUAGCGGGAGUGUUCUCAGCCCUCUUUGUGCUGGCGGUCCUUAUGCUGAUGUUCUACUGCUGCAAACAGAACAACAAACUGGGCCAACUCAAGCCCUCGGCCCUCCCUUUCAAGUUGAGGCAACAGUUCAGCUGUCCCUUCAGGGUGUCUCAGAACAGCGGAACUGGUCAUGCCAACCCAACUUUCAAGUUGCAGACACCGCAGGGCAAGCGAAAGAUGAUCAACACUCCUGAAACCCUACGGAAGCCCUCCCAGCCUCCUCCCCGACCUCCCCCAGACUAUCUGCACGGCGGAUCCCCACCUGCGCCAUUGCCAGCACACCUGAGCAGGGCUGCUAGGAACUCCCCAGGGCCUGGGGCUCAAGUAGAGAGAAAGGAGUCAUCCAGGAGGCCUCCCCCGAGCCGGCCAGUGCCCCCUGCACCAAAUUGCAUCCUCUCCCAGGACGUCUCCAGGCCUCGGCCGCCCCAGAAAGCGCUCCCGGCAAACCCAGUGCCAGGCCGGAAGGCCCUCCCCAGGCCAGGCGGUGCCUCCACACUGCGGCCCCCUGCUGCCACCUCUCAGCAGUCCCGGCCUCUGGCAGCACCUAUUCCAAAGUUUCCAGAAUACAGGUCACAGAGGGCUGGCGGGAUGACUCGCUCGAAAAUCUAGACCCGCCUAAGGGGCUUCUACGUUUCCUUUGAGGACUCUGGACGCCAUAGAGGAGCCAGGGCCACGGAACCUGAAAGAAGCAUGACUCGCCACCUCUGAGCUCCGCCCGCCCUCCUCCGGAACCACCACGUCUCCAAGAAUCUCCUUCUUGACUCGGUGCCUCCUCGGCUUCCUCGGAAGCCCAGGGGGACUGUGAUCCGAUGGCUUCUAAGGGUGGUUUUGUGCAAUACGCAGCCCCGGUAGGGAGGGGAGUGCACGGAAGAGGAUGGGUGGCAGCUUCUCCUCCCAACCUCCCGGGUCAGAGCUGUCCGAACUGGCCAGCCCAGCAGGGAAAAGUCCUGUUCAGCCCCUCAGGCCAGGACCCGGUUUGCAGAAGCCAUCCGUCCAUGUCCUGCGGUAGAGGGUACGCACGAGAGCUUCCCACUGCUUCUGUCUCCCUUGAUGGCCCUGGGCUGGACGGAGGCUGGCACUUACCCAUCCCUUUUAGCUUUUAGGGAUUGAGGAAGGGGCAAGCCAGCCAUUGCUGUGGCCCUGCCCAGGGCUUGGUGGAGGUGACGGCUUCUGGCUAUGUGCCUGCAUGCGACAAGCCAAGUCCCCUCCCCACUUCCCCCCAAACGCCCACGUCCCCUUAUCCACACGGGUCACUCUGACUCAGACAGGUACUAUUUGUAGGCAGUGUAGACAGCAGGGGAGCGCCAGGCUCGGGCCUCCUCUGAGCUGAGAUGCCAAAGUUUCGACUCCUGACUCUCGGUAAUUUGGGUUGCUUUUUGUUUUCUCUUCUGCACUUCCCUAGUGCCCCAUGCUUUUAUCUUCACCUUCCCCCUCAGACGCCCUCUAAUGUGUGGUGCUUGGGUGAGUGGAUCCUCAGCAGUCCAGACUUUCUGGUGACCAGGUGCUUGUGACCUACAAGUCAGGGUCCUGCCUCGAGGUUGGCCACUGGAUUUCCUGCAUUGGAUCUCAAGAGCACUGGCCAGAGUAGACUCAGGGCAUGGCCCUGGGGGUCAUACCUUUAUUUUUCAUUGUGUUUUGGGACCUCAGCAGGGUGAGGGUCUUCCUCCUUACUCCCUGACCUACACCGAGGUGAGGUUCCCCCAGGAAUGGGAGCAGGUGUGGUGAAGGCAGCAGACACCCGAGGAAGCCCAGCUGUUAACAAAGUAUGCACAAGGGAGCCAGCCUGUCCCAGUGGUCUGGUCGCUGGCUUGAGGCGGGACCGUGGCUCUCGGAGCCAGAGCAGACCUGUUUCUAACCCAGGGAGCCUCUGCAGCUGAGAGCCCUCGAGAAGACAGCCAUCAGCAGCCGUGCUGGAACAGUCAGCGCUGGGGCCCCUCCCCUCCUCCCCCACCUGGCUUUUAUCCUUCACUUCCUUUUGUGCUCUCCCUCUGGUCACUGCCCUUCCCUGACCCUCGCAGAAGGAGAGCUGUGAGCAGGUGGGGGAGCUGGGCUGCGGUGGCCCCGUCCUCCUGGAGCAGGGAGGGAGGCCUGUGCGGUGCUCUGCUAGACAGGACAAUUUUCUCAAAGUAGCG